AAAGAGAGCUCUCACAAACUCGAUUUAAAGUCUGGCCGCCCCAAAUUACUACAUUGAGCAGUAAGAGCAUUCGUCCGAUAAACACUGUUCAUCUGUCAAGUGUUUAUUUAAACGGCGUCACCCUGUGUCAGGCAGUGAUUGUGGGAACUCGAUUUUUCAACUUCUAUUCAUUCAAGUCUCACGUCUCACCGCUCAAUCAAGCCAGCUCCAAAGCAAUCAUGUCCUCAUCCAGGGAAUCAGGGUCCAUUGACGAGGAGGUUGCACACAUAGAUCAAUGGAUCAUCGCUGGGAACAGAUUCGAGAUUUGCUCAUCUCUGACCAAGUUGUCCAUAUUAGCUGCCAAUCAACCCUCUGCCAAUGACCAAGAUGUCUCUUCAGAGAUGGAUAAAACCUUGGCCAAAGCCGCUACUCAUUUCCAGAUAGGGCAAUACCGAAAUGGAUGGUCCCUGAUUAAAGGUACUUUUAAUAGCCAAACUAUUGAGGCUCAUGGGACGUACCUUGCCAGCCAAUUGGACCAAGUGAUAAGUCUGGUAACUAGUUAUGUUACCAGAACAGUUCAAUCCAACAUCUUGCCCAAACCCGCGGGAACUAGGCCACCGCUCAAUAUUUGGGUUGAAAGCACCAGCCCAGCUAGAAUUGACCUAGCGGGAGGAUGGACUGACACGCCCCCAAUUUGCAAUGACUAAGGAGGAGCGGUGGUGGGAGUGGCAAUUGUUAUCAAUGGCAAGAGACCCAUAGGGUGUCGUAUGAAAAGAGUGGAAUGCAUGGAGAUCAAAAUGCACCAAGGAGCUCAGAAUAAGAAAGGGUUCACCAGAACAUUCGGGAAAAUGCAGGACUUGCAGGAUUUCUCUAAUCCGACUUCAGAUUUUGCCUUAGUUAAAUCAUGUCUACACCUUGCCACUAAUUUCAGCUUAACUCAAGGCACAUUGGAAGACCUCUUGGCAAAGCAUUUCGAAGGCGGCAUUGAAGUAGAAACGUGGUCAGAUUUACCAGAAGGAACAGGUCUUGGAACCUCUAGCAUUUUAGCCGGAACUAUUUUGGCGUGCCUAUGGGACUGCAUGGGAUUGGUAUUUACCAUUGACGACAUCAUCCAUGGAGUUUUACAAGUGGAACAAUUGCUUACUACUGGAGGAGGUUGGCAAGAUCAGGUGAACGGCUUGGUCCCGGGGAUUAAAAUUGGAAGGUGUCUGCCCAAAGAGCCUUUGACUGUCACUCGUGAGAUCAUUCCAAUGGAACAUCCUUUCAAUAAGGUGCUAGAGUCUCAUCUCGUCCUAGUUUACACGGGUAAAGUGAGGUUGGCCAAGAACCUCCUUCAGAAUGUUGUGAAGGCUUGGUAUUCCAAGAAGGAUGUUAUUCAUCAAGCUAUUAGGGACAAUCACGACCUGGCCACUAAAAUGUGGACAGCCAUCCAAAAUGAAUCUCUUGCUCAGGUAGGCGAGUGCCUCAACACUUAUUGGACCCUGAAGAAACUCUUAGCCGAGGGAAGUGAACCCGAAUCCAUUGUGCCCAUUUUGAAAGCCACCAAGUCGUUGUCACUUGGUCAGUCUUUGGCAGGAGCGGGUGGUGGUGGAUUUCUGGUGCUGAUAACCAAAGCUCCAAAUGCGCUGGAUCAAGUUCAAGCAGCCGUAGAACAUUUGGGUGUGACUUGUCAUCAAGCAGGAGUUGACUUGGAGGGCUUGACUUUGGUCAGAGAUCAGUGCGAUGUGAAGAAGACAUUCCAUUAGAACUUGUUGCAUUUAUGUUUAUAUUGCUUUAUAUUCUUAUACAAGAAACACGAUUUUAUAUUGUGUUUACCUCAAUUUAAAUAAAAAGGAAAGCCGUCUGGAGGCUACUGAUGAAA